UCCAGAAAGGCGGAAAUCACAGACCACACUUCCAUUUUCUUUGCAAAUCGCAAAAGAGAGGCGUCUUAAUAAACGCUCUUCUCUCUCUAGCUACUCUUUCACACUCGUCUUCUUCGUCCCGUCGAUUCCUUUUUAGCUUUUCUCUGCGAAAAUGAGAGAGUGCAUCUCGAUCCACAUCGGCCAGGCCGGUAUCCAGGUCGGCAAUGCGUGCUGGGAACUUUAUUGCCUCGAGCACGGCAUUCAGCCUGAUGGCCAGAUGCCAGGUGAUAAGACUGUUGGGGGUGGUGAUGAUGCUUUCAACACCUUCUUCAGUGAAACAGGAGCUGGGAAGCAUGUACCCCGUGCAAUUUUUGUAGAUCUUGAGCCCACCGUCAUUGAUGAAGUUAGGACUGGGACAUACAGGCAACUCUUUCACCCUGAACAGCUCAUCAGCGGCAAGGAAGACGCCGCAAACAACUUUGCCCGUGGCCACUAUACCAUUGGGAAAGAGAUAGUCGAUCUGUGCUUGGAUCGUAUCCGAAAGCUUGCUGACAACUGCACUGGUCUGCAAGGGUUUCUGGUUUUCAAUGCUGUAGGUGGGGGCACUGGUUCUGGUCUUGGCUCCCUUCUCCUGGAACGACUGUCAGUGGACUAUGGCAAAAAGUCUAAGCUUGGGUUCACUGUGUAUCCAUCGCCACAGGUGUCCACCUCCGUUGUUGAGCCCUACAAUAGCGUCCUCUCUACUCACUCCCUUCUGGAACACACCGAUGUUGCUGUGCUACUUGAUAAUGAGGCAAUCUAUGACAUCUGCAGGCGCUCCCUUGACAUUGAGCGCCCCACCUACACCAAUCUUAACCGAUUGGUCUCUCAGGUGAUAUCAUCGCUUACUGCCUCUUUGAGGUUUGAUGGUGCCUUGAAUGUAGACGUGACUGAGUUCCAGACUAACCUGGUCCCAUACCCCAGGAUUCACUUUAUGCUUUCAUCUUAUGCUCCUGUGAUCUCAGCUGAGAAGGCCUAUCAUGAGCAGCUAUCAGUUGCAGAGAUCACCAACAGUGCAUUUGAGCCUUCAUCCAUGAUGGCCAAGUGUGAUCCUCGCCAUGGCAAGUAUAUGGCGUGUUGUUUGAUGUAUAGAGGAGAUGUGGUGCCCAAGGAUGUGAAUGCUGCUGUGGCUACCAUCAAGACCAAGCGCACCAUCCAAUUUGUUGACUGGUGCCCUACUGGAUUCAAGUGUGGUAUCAACUAUCAGCCCCCAACUGUUGUUCCUGGUGGUGAUCUUGCCAAGGUUCAGAGGGCAGUGUGCAUGAUCUCAAACUCCACCAGUGUUGCUGAAGUGUUCUCUCGAAUUGAUCACAAGUUUGACCUUAUGUAUGCAAAGAGGGCAUUUGUGCACUGGUAUGUUGGUGAGGGCAUGGAGGAAGGUGAAUUCUCUGAGGCACGUGAGGACCUUGCUGCCCUUGAGAAAGAUUAUGAGGAGGUUGGUGCUGAGUCUGCUGAGGGUGAUGAAGGUGAUGAGGGAGAUGAGUACUGAGAGGAAAUGCUUGUAAGUCACUAAGGUUGCUUUCAUUCUGUUGCUUCGGUUUUGUUGUAAUGACUUGUGUUUUUAUAUUGAAACCGUUGGGUUCCUCCAGUUGAUGCUUUGGAUUCUAUUGGCAGUUGUGUAAGGCUACUGUGUUGCCUGUUUGGUUUGGUUAGUUCCUGCAAUAAACUUCUUCAAUGUUUAUGAAUAUGGAUUUUUGUGUUGA